AUGCUGAAGUUUUAUGUAUCAAAGGGUUUUUCAUUAACACAACAAGACCAAUAUUGCUUGGCAAAGUUGAAAGGACCCAUCUUUGUUAAGCCCGUCCAACAACUUCCGAUAACUGAUUCAAAGGUUGUACCUUGGAACUAUAACAAAAUUGUUGUGGUUUACCGAGGAAAAGAGAUUGUUGAAGAGGUUGAUGAAGCAGGAGGGUUGACACGCUCUGGAAGAUGUUAUUCUCCAGAAGAAUUAAGAAAAGGGAAGAUGACUCAAAACAUCCAAGUACCACUGAAGAAAGCAGUUACGAGGAAGAAGUGGAAGAAAGAACAUCGUCAUGUGUUGAAUAAGAUUUUGAAUGAAGCACAUGUAUCGAAGGAGACCACGGUAAAUCAGUUAGAGAAAAUAGUCAAGUGCAUCUUUGAGUCGAAUACCAUCACUUUCACUGAUGAUGAGUUGCCCACAGAGGGAGAUGGACACAAUAGAGCAUUGCUUCUUACAGUGAAAUGUGAAGGCCUUGACAGAAUUCGCCCUAGCAAUAUAUUUGUUCUAGCUUAUGACGGCUCAAGGCGAGAUACCAUUGGUGAAAUCAAGUUAAACAUGACAAUUGGACCGGUGGACUUUAUGAUUGUGUUCCAAGUAAUGAACAUGGAUACAUCUUAUAAUUUUCUCUUGGGAAGGCCAUGGAUCCACAUGGCUCGGGCAGUCCCAUCAACUCUGCAUCAAGUUGUUAAGUUUGAACACAACUAUCAGGAAAUCAUUGUGCAUGGGGAAGAUGAUUUACCUAUUUACAAAGAUCCUUCCAUUCAAUACAUUGAGGCAAAAGAAGGAUAUGAUUCCAUUGUUUACCAGUCUUUUGAUGGCGUAUCAGUCGAUCGCUUUAGAGAAGGAGACCCUAUUAUCCAACCAUGUCUAUCUUCUACCUCUUCAAUGGUAGCAACGACAAUGCUCAAAUAUGGUUAUCAACCUGGUAAAGGUUUGGGACUAUGUUCGCAAGGAAUUAUGGAUCCCAUUACUCUUUUAGGGAACCAAGGCACCUCUGCCCUCGGAUACAAACAAAGCAAAAGAAAUGGAGAUGAGACUAAGAACCACAAAAGGACUGAUUGGGCGUUGCCACAACUGGGCGUUGCCACAACCGAUUCUCCAUAUUUAUCAUUCCUUUAUCAAGCCUCAGGUCCAGAAAUGGAAGCUUCCUUUACUCAUGAAGACAUUGAAGAAGUUAUUCAGGAUCUCAAUCAGUUGUUUUGUGAAGUAAACAUGGUCCAAGUUGGUGAAGGUACAAGUCAUGGCGAUGUGCAGCUCGUAGGCUCAAGUGUUGAGUUAAACAAUUCGGAAGCCACUCCUUUCCCCAUAAGGAAGGAGUCUUGUUCUGUAAAUGUCGGUUUUGAUAACAUGACAUGCAUGCGGAAUUCACUCCCAAAUCUCAAAGAGUUGUUUAUUCUUGAAUCCCCGAGUCAAGAGGUUGAAUAUGAUGAAGAAGAGGCUUUUAGGGAAAUUAAUAGGGAAUUGGAACAGUUUGAGCACAAACCUAAGCCUAAUCUUAGUGAAACUGAGGCCAUCAAUUUGGGAAGUAAUGAGGAAGUCAAAGAAAUAAAAAUAAGUCUUCAUGUCAAGAAGGAAAUUAGAGAUGCCAUAACACACCUUUUGUUUGAAUACAAAGAUGUGUUUGCUUGGUCCUAUGAUGACAUGCCAGGUUUGAGUGUUGAUUUAGUGGUCCAUAAGUUGCCCACUCAUCCUGAUUUUCCACCCGUCCAACAAAAAAGAAGAAAAUUCAAACCGUACGUGAGUGAAAAAAUCAAGGAAGAAAUCAUGAAACAACUAAAUGCAAAUGUGAUCCAAACCAUUCGUUACACUACUUGGUUGGCAAAUGUUGUUCCUGUGCCGAAAAAGGAUGGAAAGACAAGAGUUUGUGUUGACUAUCGGUAUUUGAACAAAGCUAGUCCAAAAGACAACUUUUCCUUGACUAAUAUCCACAUUCUAGUUGAUAAUUGUGCCACACACGAAAUUCAAUCUUUUGUGGACUGCUAUGCGGGAUAUCAUCAAAUCUUGAUGUACGAAGAGGACGCUGAGAAAACUGCUUUCACCACUCCAUGA